ACACACGGAGUGAAAGUAGCCACCCAUAUCUUGUUGAAGCAGAGCAGCUCUAAACUUCUUCAUGUAUUGAUUUGCACCUCCUUUUCUUCUCUUUAUCUCUACUCUAUUGUUAAAUGCUUUCGUGUGUAUUAUAAUCAUAUACACUGGCUUCUCUAAAACUCAGCUCGAUUCGAUAUGGAAGCUUCAACUUUUAUCCAUUUCUUGGAGCUUUCUUCCUUACCCAGAUCAACCAUUUCAAUACCCAGGACUCAAUUAUCAUUUCCUCGAAGACACUUUUCAUGCAGUGCAAAGUAUGAUGGGUCUUUCAACUUGAGAGUUGUCCCUUCGAAUUUGCUAGCAGCAGAAAAGGAGGAGGCCAAGGCUUUGUUAACUUUAUUUUUAAAGAAACAAGGUCUGAGCAAUGCAGCAGCAUCAAGAACUAUCAACAAGUCAGAUCUAUUCAUUGAUCACCUUAUCUCCAGGCUUCACUCUAUUCAUAAAUCUCGGUAUCUAGUAGGAAGGGAGCUUACAACUCUAGAGAUUAGGGAGGCUCUUUCUCCUUACCUUGAUGUUCUUGCUGAGGAGUAUGGAGAGAUCUUGAUAGAUGUCGUGGAAAACUUUCCCAGUGCACCUGAUAAAGGAAGAUACGAUGAAAGUUUACCCAAAGCAACUGUUAAAGAAAGCUUGGAGACUAUGUCUCCACCAACAGCACCUCUGGACUCGAAGAAGCUCAAAGCUUUGGCUCGGGUUAGUAAUUUGGGCCCAUCUGGGAAGCUUCCCCCACAUAUCAUUUACCUUGUAGAGCUUGGCAUGGAACUUGAGACAAUAAAGGAAGUGAUCCGCAAGUUCCCUGCUUUUGCCUAUUACAGCUUAGAAGGAAAAAUCAAGCCAGUUGUCGAGUUUCUUAUUGAACUUGGUGUACCAAAAUCAGAUAUCCCUAUUAUACUGACUAAAAGGCCUCAACUUUGUGGAAUCAGUCUAUCUGAGAAUCUCAUUCCUACCAUGACAUUUCUGGAGGAUUUAGGAGUGGAUAAGCAACAGUGGGCAAAAGUAAUUUACCGCUUUCCUGCACUACUCACCUAUAGCAGACCAAAACUGACAGCAACUGUUGAUUUUCUUUAUGAAAUGGGUCUUUCUGCUGAAAGUGUGAGUAAGACCCUGACUCGCUGCCCAAAUAUUAUAAGUUACAGUGUGGAAGAGAAGCUUCGCCCCACAGCUGAGUACUUUGGAUCUUUGGGAGUUGAUGUUGCUCUUCUGCUAGCCCGAGCUCCGCAAACUUUUGGUCUAAGUAUUGAAGCUAAUUUGAAGCCUGUAACUGAGUUCUUCUUGGAAAUGGGAUACACCAUUGAAGAUAUAGGGACUAUGAUUUCGAGAUAUGGGGCGCUUUACACUUUUAGUUUGAAAGAGAAUGUGAUUCCGAAGUGGGAGUUCUUUCUGACCAUGGGUUAUCCAAGAUAUGAGCUUGUUAAAUUUCCUCAGUAUUUUGGUUAUAGUUUGGAAGAGAGGAUUAAACCUAGAUAUGCAAUAGUGAAGGACAGAGGAGUGAAAUUGCUCCUGAACCAGGUGCUUUCUCUGUCAGAUAUCGAGUUUCAUAAAGUUUUGAAACGCAAAUCAGAGAAGUUGCUUUCAGAUUAGCUUUGGUAAUGUGCAGCUAGACUCUCUCCGAAGAUGUAUAUUCCUGUACCUAGCAAGUUUGAAAUGAAGCAUUACAACUUCAAAAUAGAUGAAACUGAGGGGUUGAUUCAUUCAAUGAAAUAUAAUCUCCUCAAGGUAGUUUGUCAACAAUUUAUCAAAGUAGUUGCUCAUUUUUGUUAACAUCUAUAUAUAUCCAUCACUGAGCCUUUGGUAGAAAUGCAAAUUGUCAAAUAGUGGACAUAUUGUCGCGGUUAGCAAGGAAAAACAUGUUUAGAAGAUUGGCGUUGUUCUUAUCUGGCUCAUCCGAAACUUCUUUUUCUUGUGUGUGUUUUGAGCUGCAAGUCUCCUGUUAACAUAUAUAUUGCGUUUAAGUCCGCGUUAGAGGAUACUCACACUGACCAUUGCUCUGAUCUCUGGAGAAUUUAAGGCAUAAUCCAACUUCUACCAAUGUAUAGAAAGCUUUAGUUCUGGGCA